AUGCAAGGAAUUUCCAGGGCCGUUCGAUCAUGCCAGGAAAUACUCAAGGCUGCAAUUUUACAGCAUGCGCAGGGGAGAGAAAUUGCUGGAAUUGAAAAGAUAGUUUCAAGUUUAAAAUGGGUUACCUCUCCACCUGCACAGCAGAAAGGAUUAGAGAAUGUGACUGUGGCAGAUGUUCUGAUGACAAAAGGUGAACAAACUGGACCUUGGCUCUGGUGCCACACAAACGACAUUGUAAUUGAUGCCGUCAAAAAUAUGGCUAAAAACAAUGUCGGGUCAUUAGUGGUACUGAAGCCAGGAGAGCAACAAUACAUUGCGGGGAUCAUCACAGAAAGAGACUAUUUGAGGAAGAUAAUUGCACAGGAAAGGUCGCCCAACCACACUAGAGUUGGCGAAAUUAUGACUAAUGAGAACAAAUUAAUAACAGUGACAUCUGACACAAACAUUCUUCAAGCAAUGCAACUUAUGACAGAGAAUCAAAUAAGGCAUGUUCCAGUUAUAGAUGGGAAGAUAGUUGGCAUGAUUUCAAUCAAAGAUGUAGUUCGAGCAGUAGUGGAGCAGCAAAGUGGGGAAUUAAAGCAACUGAACGAGUACAUAAGAGGAAAAUACUAUUAG